UGUACAACUAAAAAAGCCAAACUCCACAGUACUCCAUCACUGCAAAAAAAAAAAAAAUUAUAGUAGAAAAAAGCAUACGCUCCUUAGUCCUUCCUCUAAAAAUGCAUUCCCCAAAACCAAACAACAACAAAACAAUGAAAUGGAACCCAUCAAUUUUUCUCCUCCUUCUAUAACUUCCUAAAAAACCCACCACUUCCACCACCAACAACUUCUUCCCACCAUUUUUAUUUUAUGGCAACAACAACGGCUAUAUUUCUUGUCUCCCUCACUUUCUCUCUAACUUUCACCUCCAUUGUUUCCGUCACAGCUACAGUUACAGAAGUUGACUCACUGCUAGCUUUCAAGCGCAACCUCAACGAUCCACUUGGCGCUUUAGACGGCUGGGAUGCGUCCACAUCAUCAGCACCAUGUGACUGGCGUGGAGUUGGCUGUUAUUUUAACAGAGUUCAUCAACUUCGUCUUCCACGCCUCCAGCUCAGCGGCGCACUUUCACCUCAACUUGCUAAUCUACGCCAGUUGCGUAGGUUAAGCCUUCACUCUAACAACUUCCAUGGCUCUAUUCCUCAUUCUUUUUCUUCUUUCUCUCUCCUCCGUGCACUUUAUCUUCACAACAACAAACUUUCCGGCGAUAUUCCGCCGGAUAUUCUCUCUCUUAAUAAUCUACAGGUUGUUAAUCUCGCCGGUAACAACCUGUCUGGGAGAAUUUCCGGCGGAAUUUCUUCGUUACUUGGAGUUCUUGACCUUUCUUAUAACAACUUUUCCCACCAAAUUCCGACGAACUUCUCUGAGAGUUCGCAGCUUAGACUUAUUAAUCUAUCGUCUAAUCAGUUUUCCGGCGAGAUUCCGGCGAGCAUUGGUGGACUUCAGUUGUUGCAGUAUCUAUGGCUUGAUUCGAAUCGUUUGAUAGGAACGAUUCCAUCGGCGAUUUUGAACUGUACUUCACUUGUUCAUUUCUCGGCGGAGGGUAAUUUUAUCUCCGGUAAUAUUCCGGCGACGAUUGGAACAAUGCCGGAGCUGGAGGUACUUUCUCUCUCUUCCAACAACCUUUCUGGUGUGGUCCCUGCGUCCUUGUUUUGCAAUGUGUCUGGUCCUAUGUCACUUCGAUUCGUUUUCUUGCGGUUUAAUGCUCUCACGGGAGUUGCAAAGCCGCCAGAAGGUUGUGCGGAAACGAGUGGUUUGGAAGUGUUGGACCUUCACGGGAACCGCAUUGUUGGCGAGUUUCCCAAUUGGGUGGCGGAUAUUCGCACGUUGAGGGUUUUAGAUUUUUCCGGGAACUCUUUUACGGGGUUUCUUGUAUCCGAGUUCGGAAAUUUGACAAGAUUAGAGGAGCUUAGGGUGGCUAAUAAUUCUCUUAGAGGGGAAGUUCCUGGUGAAUUAGCACAAUGUAGGUUGUUGGGGGUUCUUGAUCUUGAAGGGAAUCAAUUUUUUGGGAAAUUUCCCGGGUUUUUUGGAAAUUUGAGUAAUUUGAGGGUUUUAUCUUUAGGGAGGAACAGAUUUUUGGGUUCAAUUGAUAAUAAUGUUGGUAGCAUUCAGAGUUUGGAAGUACUGAAUUUGAGUGAAAAUGAGUUGACUGGAGUGGUCCCAAAUGAGUUGCUACAACUCACUAACUUGACCACUUUGAAUCUCAGCUUUAACAAUUUUUCUGGACAGAUUCCUGUAACAAUUGGGGAUAUGAAGAGUUUAAUGGUGUUGAAUUUGAGUAAUUGUGGGUUUUCGGGUUCGAUUCCGACAAGCAUUGGGAGUUUGAUGAGGCUAAGAGUUCUAGAUUUGAGCAAGCAGAAUGUGUCUGGGACUUUACCUGCCGAGUUGUUUGGGUUGCCCAAUUUGGAGGUUGUUGCAUUACAAGAGAAUAAUUUACAUGGGGAUGUUAUUGAGGGAUUUAGUAGUUUGGUUGGUUUGAAGUACUUGAAUCUUAGCUCCAAUUCUCUAUCUGAUGAAAUUCCGGCAACUUUUGGUUACCUACGGUCCUUGAAUGUCUUCUCUCUAUCGAAUAAUCGAAUCUCAGGGAAAAUUCCACUUGAGCUUGGCAAUUGUUCAGAGCUGGAAGUACUUGAACUUGCACGGAAUCGUUUGGCGGGUAACAUUCCGAGUUCUUUUUCAAUGCUAUCUCAUCUGAAGGAGGUUGAUUUGGGUCAUAAUAAUUUGGAUGGUGAUAUUCCGGAAGAGAUUUCCAAAUGCUCUAAUUUGCAUCGUUUGGUCUUGAAAUCCAACCAUUUGUCAGGGUCUGUACCUGGCUCAUUGUCAAAGUUGCUACACCUGAGAAUGCUUGAUCUUUCAUCAAACAACUUGAGUGGUUCCAUCCCAGAAAAUCUUACUCAUAUUCCCAGCUUGGAAUACCUCAAUCUGUCCUCCAAUCAUCUUGAAGGCGAAAUUCCAAAAACUCUAGGCUCCCACUUUAAUGAUACUUCAUUAUUCGCAAACAACAGAAAUCUAUGUGGGUUUCCAUUAAAGAAAGAGUGUCCUUAUGUGAAAAGGAGAAAAAAGAGAAAGUUGAUAUUGAUUAUUGGUGUUGCACUUGCCGGCCUUCUCUUCCUAGCACUGUGUUGUUGUGGCUACAUCAUAAGCCUCCUUCGUUGGCGUGGGAGGCUCAAAGCAAAGGCAACCGGUGGAGAGAAGAAACCAAGUCCACCUAGAAGAAGCUCAGGGACCGAAAGGAGUAGAAGGAGCAGUGAAAAUGGUGUGCCAAAGCUUGUCAUGUUCACUAGCAAGAUAACAUUACCCGAGGCCUUAGAGGCCACAAGGCAAUUUGAUGAGGAAAAUGUCUUAAGCAGAGGAAAGUAUGGGAUGGUAUUCAAGGCCUCAUUUUUAGAUGGCAUGGUCCUCGCAAUCCGUCGAUUGCCCGAUGGAUUUCUCGAUGAUCGAGCCUUCAAGAAGGAGGCAGAGAUGCUCGGUAAAGUGAAGCACCGGAACCUCACCGUUUUAAGGGGGUACUAUGCCGGUCCACCAGAUAUAAGGCUCCUAGUUUAUGACUACAUGCCUAAUGGAAACUUGGCUACACUUCUUCAAGAAGCAUCACACCAUGAUGGGCAUGUUCUAAAUUGGCCAAUGAGGCAUUUGAUUGCUCUUGGAAUUGCACGAGGGAUUGCAUUUUUGCAUUCGUUAGAAAUGGUUCAUGGUGAUAUAAAGCCUCAAAAUGUGUUAUUUGAUGCUGAUUUUGAAGCACACUUAUCAGAAUUUGGACUAGAUAGGUUAACAAUUGCAACACCAAUUGAAGCCUCAACAUCAGCUGUACCAAUUGGAACACUUGGAUAUAUUGCCCCGGAAGUAGUAUUAACGGGUCAAGUAACAAGAGAAGGAGAUGUCUUUAGUUUUGGGAUUGUUUUGUUGGAGAUCUUGACUGGGAAAAAGCCUAUUAUGUUUGAACAAGAUGAGGAUAUUGUGAAAUGGGUUAAGAAACAAUUGCAACAGGGUCAAAUAUCCGAGUUACUCGACCCGGGUUUGCUCGAACUCGAUCCGGAAUCAUCUGAAUGGGAAGAGUUUUUACUUGGAAUCAAAGUAGGCCUCCUUUGUACUGCACCCGACCCGUCCGAGAGACCGUCUAUGGGUGAUAUUGUUUUUAUGCUCGAGGGUUGUCGGGUCGGUCCCGAUAUCCCUUCCUCGGCCGAUCCGACAUCUCUUCCUUCCCCUGCCGGGUGACCCGGAAAGAAAAAGUUGACUACCCAACCAACUUCUUUAUAAAAGAAUUUUUGAUUAUGUGAUUUUUGUCUCAACUUUUAACAAAAAUGAAAAAUGUAUUGGUUAUUUUAUUGUGUGUAUAUAGAGUAUUUAAUUUUUGUUAUGCAAGUUGGGUGAUUUUCAUUAA